AUGCCCUACAUCAAGGUCCUGUCUUGGUCCAAGGCCAGCAAGGGCAGCAUGCUCAGCGUGAAGCGCGGCGAGGGCCCCCCCAUCUCUUUCAUGGGCUUCAGGGACAAGGAUGUGGAAGCGCUGCGCACCAUCACCAACAGGCAGAUAAAGGACGAGCCUCUGGCCGCCAGCGGCCACAACUGGGGGCGCCUGGCCGUGGACGGCGGCUCCAUGGUGUUCCGCGUGGGCGGCCGCCCCGCCUUCUCGGUGCCGCUGCCCGAGGUCAGCCAGGCGCAGCAGGUGCGGGAUGAGGUGAUGCUGGAGUUCCCCAUGGACGACACGUUGGUCCCGCGCCUGCAGGCUCGGGGCGCCAGCACCAUGAGGGCCACGCGCGCCUGCCUGCUGCUACUGGCGGCGCUGGCGCUAGCCACCGAGGCGGGCGUGCGAGCACAGGACUCGUGA